GAUCCUAGCCAUGUAGAGGUAUGCGUUUGUUAGGAACAUUCUGGACCGAGUGACACCGUAUAAGAACAGAGCGGCUUGCUCGUCGCCACAGCACUUUAGGCCUUCUCUUAUCAUCGCUCAACUAAACUUCUUCCUCUCCAGCUCCUCGCCUCUCUUCGACAGCUCCCUCGGUACCCUCAAGGUUAACCUCAGCUCCUCACACUCUCUUCUCAAGAUAUUGGUCCCCGAUCACCGCCCACACCUUCACUAGCACUUAUCUCAAACAGCAGGACCACACCAGCGAGACCAUCACCCACGCCAUCACCAACCGAACAUGAAGCUCUCCAUUUCUCUCAGCGCCAUGCUGGCUCUGCUCACCACGGUAUCUGUCGUCAGCGGUCUCAUUCAAGACACUUGCAGCUGCAGUUGCCCUGGUCAUCCUGGUAACCAUGACAUCAAACACGGUGGCAAAGGCGGCCAUGGCCGUCACAGCGGCGGUCACGGUGGUCAUCACGGUGGCGGUGGCGGUGAUGGUGGCCGUCACGGCGGCGGUCACGGUGGUCAUCACGGUGGCGGUGGCGGUGAUGGUGGCCGUCACGGCGGCCAUGGCGGCCACCGCUACUGCAUCCCUUCUCCUGCCACCAAAACGGAAGCUUGCUCGGCACUCGCAGAGGCAGGCCUUAUUAACCUCGGCUUGCUCAACUGUGCGCAAGUCGACAUUUCUCCGACAGUGAACAUCCUCAAGCGAGAUGACCUGGCCGCUGAGCGCCGAACCCAUCAAUGCAAGGAGUCUUCCGACGCGACUUGCCAGGUCCUCUCAAAGGCCGGCCUCGUCAACCUCAGCCUGCUCGGCUGCCUUGACCUCAAAUUCGAUCCGACGAUCAACAUUGGUCAGCAGCUGCUUCCUGGCAUCGAGAAUGUGGUCGCCACUCUGGGCGGCUCUGGUGGCGAGUCAGGCGGGGCCGACCAAAUCUGCGUGCCCCCAGCUAGCACCAAAAAGGAGGCGUGCUCAUCGCUCUCCCAGGCCGGUCUCGUCAACCUUGACUUGCUCAGUUGCGCCAAUGUUGACAUUUCGCCUCAGCUAACUGUCCUCAAGCGCGCCGCUCAAUGUGAGAUGAACGCGGACACAUCUUGCGAAGUUCUCUCUAAGGCCGGCCUUGUGAACCUUGAGCUCCUCGGAUGCGUCGAUCUCAAAUUUGACCCUGUCAUUGGCAUUGGCGAGCAGCUUUUUCCCACUGCCAAAGGCACAGUCGCCAAGGUUCUCGAAACAGUCAGUGACCUCACGACGCAAUCAGCCGAUGGCCCUUCCAUCAAGCUGGACGAGGGUGUAUGUGUUCCGCGCAACGGCAACAAGAAGGAAGCAUGCUCAUCCCUUUCCAAGGCUGGUCUCAUCAAUCUCAGUGCGCUCAACUGCGACAAGAUCGACAUCUCUCCCACAUUGAACAUCUUGAAGCGCAGUGGUCAGUGCGAGUCAAACCCCGACACUUCGUGCGAACUCCUUUCCAAGGCUGGGCUCAUCAAUCUCAAUCUUCUUGGCUGCAUCGACCUCAAAUUUGACCCAACCAUCAACAUCGCGCAAGAGCUUCUGCCUUCUCUUGAAGGAAUCGCUGGCUCGCUCCCUUCCCUUAUCCCCCGGGACUUCGAUGUUCGCGGUCGCCACGGAAUGUGCGUGAAACGCGGCUGCAGCAAAAAGCAGGCAUGCACGGCACUUGCAAGCGCCGGUCUCGUUAAUCUCAGCGCGCUCAACUGCAACAAGAUUGACAUCUCUCCCAAAGCGGAUAUCCUCAAGCGCAAUGUCGACGAUGCGGAGCAAAGUAGCCUCGCUGCACGCUAUGUCGAGAACAAGCUCGCUGCUCGCGGGAACAAGCACUGCGAGAAGUCGCCCUCUGCUGUUUGCCAAGAAUUCUCGCGAGCCGGCCUCUUGAACCUCAACCUUCUUGGCUGCGUCGAUCUCAAAUUCAACCCGAAGAUCAAGAUCGGCAAGACGCUCCUUCCAGCUGGAGUCAAAAUCAUCGAAACCCUGGCUGAUCUUCUUUAGCGGCCCCUUUUCGUCUUCACCCAACGUGUUCAAUCAUUACCUUUUGUGCCACCUCAUUUUCGAUCGAUAGCGCUACCGAGAGACAUACUUCCUUCUAAUACCCCGUUGUUUCCCGGUCUCCGGGUUGAC